CCACUGAUGACUAUGAUUGAACGCCUACAUGCUAUAGGCAAUCUGCUCUUUGCCAUAAUAAUCCCAAUGUUUCUGCUAUUGUUUAUGACUGUUUCCGUCGUAUGGAAACUUGUACUGCGGAGAUCAGAAAACCCGAAUGCCAGCCAUUUCACAGCUGAGAAGAGAUGCGUCACUCGAAUUACGUUGAUUACGACAAGUUUGCAGCUUCUUGCCGAAUUGCCACCGAUCCCCGUAUUCAUCUAUGCCGCCAUUUCUGGACCCCGAGUCAUCAAUGACACUACUGUAUGCAUAUGGAACACUGUAGGCGUUUUCCUCGGCCUAUGUAAUAUGAGUCUCUCCUUCUUCGUGUACAUCAUGCUCUCUCAGAAGUUCCGUCAAAUGGUUUAUGAGUGA